UCAACCAACUUACCAACUAAAUAUGUUCAAAUUGUCAGUGAUCUGUCUGUGUGGGCUGCUGCUAGUUGCCAGCCAAGUGGCAGCUACCGCUUUCCGGGAGUGUCCCAACAAGGCCGCCACCCCGGAGGAGUUCAGCAUCGAAGGUUGCGAAAGCUCUCCCUGCUCGCUGAAACCGGGAAGCGCUCUGGUUGCUCAUGCCUUCAGAAUCAAGUCCACCGUAUCGACCAACAACGUACAGGCCUACGUGCGGGUUCAGCUGGCUCCGGGUCUAGAGAUUGACUACGAACUAUCCGCGGAGCAGCAGAAUGCCUGUGCCGGCAGCAUCCGGGACUGUCCGCUGGAACAGGGAAAGCUGUUUGACUACACCUUUGCCGAACCUAACCUCAAAGUGCCGCAGGUGACGCUGCCGAUUGUGGUUGUGCGAGCCGGCAUCCGGGAUGGGACCACCGAGAUUGCCUGUGUGGAGUUCGACGCCCAGCUGGUUGCCGGAGCCUUCACUGUGGUUUGAAAACGAUCUGUUUAGAUGAUUAAAUUUAAAGUUGCAAUAUUUGAACAAGAAUUUUAUGUUUGUAGGAAGAAAUAAAAAGAAAUCACUUUACCGUUCAGUGGAAAAAA